AUGGCUGAAGAUGAAGGAGGAACUCAAGCACAGAAGCACAAGAUACCGUCACGUGUAGCAAGUAGGACAGAUUUAGCAUCAAUUUGGAAUGUUCCAGAUACAAUUUCUUCUCCUAUUGUGACAAUUAAGGAGCAGAAACUCAAGGAGAACAAGCUAUUUACAUUAUUACUAAAUAAUACUUCGAAAUCUUCUAAGAAGAUGCUCUAUAUACCGCCUAAAGUUGAAUCAGAAAAACCUAAAAAGCCAACAGCAGUUCCCUUUCAACAUCUCUUUACGAAUCUAGUAUUUACAUCACCAAAAAAGCUCAACAUACCUCCUAAAAUUGAAAAAAAUCUAACCUAUGUAUUCAAAUCUGACUCGAAUAAGGAUUUAGCCUUUCAAGACUUCAAAUUGAAAUGUAAGAAUGCGAGCGAGUCAGUAAUUAUAUGCGGAAACUUGAUGUUCUACUUUCAUAACAACAUUGCUGUCGUGAAAGCAUUUACUUUAUCUGCAACGAAUUUAAUAGAAAAAGCAUCAAAUAAAUUACCAAUGAUCGAUAUUGAUAAAUCGUUACUUAUAAUUGAAGAGCAGUCGAAAGUACAAAAAUUACAAAUUUAUUCCACAGUUCCAUUCCAUUAUAGCGUAAUAACUCCUAUUAUUUUCCAUUUUUCAGAAAUUGGAAGUGCAAAAGGUCGGCUAUUUCGAGCUAAAUUGGAUGGCUACAUGUUUAAAUUUGUAAAAGAAGAGAUUUAUUUGGCAAAUGGCAAUUCUGAUGAGAUCUCUUUGAACUCAGUUGCUCUUUCGUUAUGA